AUGGCCUCCUCUGCCUCCGCUCCACCCGACGACGACCCAAUAACAGCCUCCUACGACAUCUACCUCACCCCUCAAGCGACCCCCACCACCUCCCAAAUCUACCUCCUCCAAUACCCGAACCGGCAUCCAAACCAACCCUACAAUGCGCGCGCAGGAGUCGCCCCAGAACACUUCCGAAUAAAACCCACCGCCGGCUAUCUCGAGAUGGACACGGCAAUGCACACUGGACACAACUUCAACCGAUAUCAAGCACUCAAGUGGGGUGACGCUGUGCGCACGGCUAAGGAAGGCGUGAACGGCGCUGGGAACGCGGGCGCUGCGCCGGCACCGACGUACGGGCUAGCCGCUGGUUUGUCGGGACGGGGUGGGAGGGUGAAAGGUUCAGGGCGGGGUUUCUUUGGGAGAGGUGGGGCGGGCGCGGUGAAGGACGAGGCGGAGCGUGAGAUGGAGAUUCAGGACGGCAUAUUGGAGUUCGAGCAGGCGAAGAGUGAGGGGCGAGUGAUGAGCACGCAGACGAUUGGGGGACAGAUUCUGAAGCACGAGAGUGGAGCAGAAGAAGGGAAGCCCGGGUACUUUGUGGGCGCGUUUCGCGGGAACGAGUUGCACUUGUCGAGGGUGACGGGGACGGCGCAGAUGAGGCCGGUGUUUCAUCACCUGGACGCUGAGGAUGCGAGGGUUAAUGGGGGACAAUAUGGUGGUGCGGGUGGGCAGGGGUCAGGGUCCAAAGGCCCGGCUGAGAGGGGCAGGGUGGUGCAUCAAUCGUACAAGUCGAGCAAUUCGGCCAAUCCGAGAGGCGAACUGGAGGAGCAGACGAAUGCUAUGAGAAGUGCGUUGCAGCAGGCAGCCGAAGAGCCUUGGACACGGUUGGAGUUUGUGGACGAGGACGAUGAGGCGGCGUAUCAGGUCUGGAGUGAGAGGAUGUUCGUGAGGGAUACGGACGGAUUACCUGGACGCUGUGAGCGGGAAGAGGGCAGGCAGUCCGACGGCGACGAGAAAGAGGCAGAGGCGGAGGAGCAGCGGAGCGGAGAGCGAGGGAGGCUGAAGAAAUCCUCCGAUGGAACGACUCUACUUGCCAUCAAGACUAUGGGACAUGCUUGGCCUGGACGAUAA